UCGAACUGCGACGUUGCCCAGCGCAACGUUUACUGAUCCGAGGCGACUGACAUGUAAACGUCAAGCUGGACCUUCAUAUUUCAAACAACGGGGCAAUCAAACUCUUCAAUCAAAGUCUUUACAUUUAAUUUAAAGGUAGUCAAUGCCAAAGAUAAGUAGUGACACGCUAUGGGAGUUGGCCUCUGCGGAGGUUCAGAGUCGGGAGGACGGGACAGGAGGGGAGGAGGAUGGCGGAGUUGAUCCAGUGUCACUCAACGAGAGAACCGUGUUCUUCAUUGGGAAUAAAGCAGGGGGUAAAACUACAAUUUUGCUCCGGUGCCUCGACAGGGAUGAACCACCUAAACCAACUCUAGCGUUGGAAUACACCUUUGGUAGACGGGCGCGAGGACACAACACUCCCAAAGACAUAGCUCACCUGUGGGAGCUGGGAGGAGGUACCUCCCUAUCAGACCUGGUUCAGAUCCCCAUCACUGCUCAGAAUGUCAGGUCUCUGUCUGUGGUGCUGGUUCUGGACCUGUCCAAGCCCAAUGCUCUAUGGGGAACCAUGGAGAGGCUGCUUCAGACAACACGGACCCAGGUGGAGAAAUCUUGCUCCAAGCCACAAAGAACAGUAGAGUCCAAAGCUGGGUCCAAGCAGCAGGCCCAGAACAGACCCCUAAUGGUCCUCCCUAAAGACUACCCGGACAGAGAGCUGAUCAACCCCUUCCCAGUUCCACUGCUGAUUAUUGGCAGCAAGUUUGAUAUAUUUCAGGACUUUGACUCUGAGAAGAGGAAAGUGAUCUGCAAGACCCUUCGGUUUAUUUCUCAUUACUACGCAGCUUCUUUAAUUUUUACCAGCAGCAAGUCUGAGAGCUUGAUGUCCAGAACUAAGAGCUUAUUCACACAACUAGGAUUCGGGACAGAGAAGGGGAAAUCUAUGUCCUCUGACCUCAGUAAGCCUCUAAUCAUUCCUGCUGGGAUGGACUCCCUCAGCCAGAUAGGUUCUCCCCCAACCACAGAUGUGGACAUUGGGACUCUUCAUGCUAAAAACCCUCUAGAUCUGUGGAAGAAAGUGUUUGAGGUUGUUUUCCCUCCUGAGAACACCAGUGACCACCACAGAGAGCUGAAGGACCCAGCCAAGGACCCCCAAUAUAGUGAGCCCCAGAUUGACUCCAUGAGGGCUCAGAAAGACACGGAACUGGAUCAGUACAAGAGAAACGCGUCCAAGUCUUGGAAAGGCCUGGAACUGGAGACCUAACUUAAUGGACUCAUCAGCUCUCUCAGCCAAUGAGAUCAAAAGAACAGAAGGUUCUAAAGCACAGACCGACUUCAGCCAUGGCAGACACCUGUCUACUCAUUUAAUAAACCGUACAGACUUCA